AUGAAGUUUGGUCACAAUCUCGCCCGCAACCAGGUCCCCGAGUGGGCUUCCCACUACAUCAACUACAAGGGCUUGAAGAAGCUCGUCAAGUCGGCCGCCGAGGCUGUCAAGAAUGGAGGCGAGGCGGAUCUGGCGGAAUUUUUCUACUCGCUCGACCGCAACCUCGAAGAUGUCGACGGCUUCUACAAUAAGAAGUAUGCCGAGUCGGCGCGCAGGCUGAAGCUGCUCCACGACCGCUUCGGCCGCGCCACCAUGUUCUCGGACGGCAUCGACAGAGACGAGCUGGAGGACCUCGUUGGCGCCCUUCUGGAGCUGCGCGGCCAGUUGAGGAAGCUGCAAUGGUACGGCGAGGUCAAUCGCAGAGGCUUCGUCAAAAUCACCAAGAAGUUGGACAAGAAGGUGCCCAACUCGUGCACCCAGCAACGCUAUCUGGCUACCAAGGUUGACCCCACGCCCUUCGCCACCAACUACAAGCUGCAGCAGGAUAUGAAGGCCAUCAAUGACUGGCUCUCUGGCCUUGGUGAAGCCAAGGUGUUUGACGAUGUCAGCUCCGUGCACUCCACCGCUUCGCUGAAGAGAGUGUCUUCGAGAGCCAUCCUCAACCUGCCCUCGGGGCUCUUAGACACGGUAGACCAGGCUAUCCGGAACGAUGAUGCCGCAAUACUCGAGGAGCUGCUCCACGAGGCCAAUGCAGGAGAGGACAAGGCCAACCCUGCUUAUCAGAAGUUGCUCCUUAACCUCCUGCAGCGCUCCGUUUCUUGCAGGUCGCGCCAGUGUAUCCAAAAAUUACUGUCCCAGCUCACUUCUCUCGACGACGAGGAUGAUCUGAACAAGCGGAACUGUAUUCACAGACUGGUGAUUGCUAUCAGCCGUGCAAAAACCAACGAGGCCCAAAAUGGCGGUCAAAGCCAGGGUUCGGGUCCAUUCCUGGGCGUUCCGAAUGAUGCUGCGAACUUCAUAUCGCCAGCAGAAUCCCCCGUGCAGUUGCCUCCGCCAAGCUCUAUUACUGAGCAGCAGUCCAGCCAGCUGUUGGCUGCCAAUGAUGAGUCCGUUCUCAUGCUCUCCUACCUCCUUGACAGUUUGAAGCCUGAGCAGCGCUCUGCGCUAUCAGCUCGGGAUUCCUAUGGCAGACUGCCACUCCACUAUGCGGCGCAGUAUGGCUUCGUUAUCAUCUGCAAGAUUGUCAUCAACUAUAUGCAGAAGUGGGGCCAAUUUGACGUCUCCCAUGGUAUUGACUCCCCCGAAUGGCAAGAUUUGGACGGCUACGCGCCCCUCCACCUCAGUGUCAUCGGUGGUCAUCCACUAACUACCAAGACACUUCUGGACUCCGAGAGAUGGCAGGACCCUGAUGAGAAAAUCUCUAUUCGGAAGUCAGUGUCCAAGUCGGGGGCCGUGUUGUCGCUCGCCGUAAAGUCGAAUUUCGUCCAGAUCGUAAAACUUCUGGUCGAUGCUGGAGUGGACAUAAACUACCAGGACGAGCAAGGCGAGACGGCCUUGCAUGUUGCCGCCCGAUACGGUCACACCGAGUGUGCCAAAGCUCUUAUUACCGGGACUCCUGACCAAAAGGCCAAUGUCGAACUUGCAGAGAGCACUUUUGCGUGGACUCCUCUUUUCAUUGCUUGUGUCGAUGGCCACCUAGAUGUCGUCAAGCUGCUCAUUGAGGCCGGGGCGGACUUGGAAAAGCCGGACCUGUCCGGCUGGACGCCCAAGGAGCAUGCUGCCCUGAGAGGCCAUUUGGAUAUCGCGACGGUUUUGGCUGAGCUUACGCCUCCCCCAGCCACGACGGAGAAGGAGCAAGAGAAGCAGCUGCCUGUUCGCUCAGAGUCGCCGCCGCAGUCUUCGAUUGAGGAGAGGCGAUCCAACGCAAACAAGGAUCUGCGUGUGCCGGAGCCUGUCAAGACUUUCGGCCAUCGUUAUCUGCAGAAUGAAAGCAUGGUUCUCGUCAGUCUUGGCAGCAUGGAUAUGCGGAAGCACAUCGAGCCCGUUAAGCUUGACGACAUCCAUAUUUCUGAUGCCCACGCGACUCAGCUUGAUACUGCUCUCUCUCUCGUCGUCUCUGCUCAAGGCGCUUCUGGAGAGCCCACAGUCAUUGACCUCCCCGUCCAGGAGAACAUUAGUACUAACCCCAUAACCUUCAUGACCACGGAUGUUGCCAAGGUUAAACUCCUUUUUGAUAUCGUCCCUACUUACGCCGGUUCGAAAGAGCGCGUAGUCGGACGUGCUGUUGCCAUGCUGUCAAGCGUCAGACAAAUGGUCGGCUCCCAGAGGAUGAACCUCAAAGGCGACAUCAGCGUGCCGAUCGUCGCUGCCAAUACUCUGGAAAUCAUUGGAUCCGUCAACUUCAACUUCCUCGUCAUUACGCCUUUCUCCCACCCCAACCUGUCCAUUACGGAGAACCAAACGUACUGGAAGAGUAUGACGUCGACAAUGGUCAUUGGACACAGAGGUUUGGGCAAGAACCUUGCGUCUCGAAAGUCUUUGCAACUUGGCGAGAAUACGAUUCAGUCCUUUAUUGCUGCCGCCAACCUAGGAGCGUCUUAUGUUGAGGCACUGGCUGACAUUCCGCCGUCAUCACCCGUCGAGGCCAAGGCUGAGAACAAGGAUGUCGCCAAAACUCGGGCUAGGCCACGCUCGUACUCCGUUGAUGUCAAGAAGGAGAGCCAGUCAGACCUCAACGAGCGCAUGAAGCACACACGUGACUUCAAGAUGAAGGGCUACAAAGGCAACAGCCGUGGCAACUUUAUCCAGGCGCCCUUCACCACUCUCGAAGAGAUGUUUAAGAAGCUUCCUGAGUCGAUUGGUUUCAACAUUGAGAUGAAAUACCCAAUGUUGCAUGAAACCGAGGAGCAUGACAUGGACACAUACGCUGUCGAGCUGAACUCAUUCGUCGACACCGUUCUGAAGAAGGUGUACGACCUUGGCUCAAACCGCAACAUCAUCUUCUCGUCCUUCCACCCAGACAUUUGCCUUCUGCUAUCCUUCAAGCAGCCAUCUAUUCCUAUCCUCUUCCUCAGCGAUGCGGGCACUUCGCCCGUUGGAGACAUCAGAGCCAGCAGUGUUCAGGAAGCCAUUCGCUUCGCCUCGCGCUGGAACCUCCUCGGUGUUGUCACGGCAGCAGAGCCCCUGGUCAUGUGCCCACGCUUGGUUAGGGUCGUCAAAGAGUCUGGUUUGGUUUGCGUCAGCUAUGGCACGCUGAACAACGAUCCCGUCAAUGUGCAGCGGCAAGUAAAGGAAGGUAUCGACGCGGUCAUCGUUGACAGCGUCCUCGCUAUCCGUAAGGGGCUCACCGCGCACGAGGAGGAGAGGAAAGCGAGCAAAGAGACUGCUGCCGCGAUUGCUGCCGCUGCAUCGGCCGCCCAGCUCACCGAAGCAAAUGGCGCCAAUGGUACGAGCAAGGCUGCUGCCGCCGUCGCUGUCACCAACGGAAACCCGCCCACCAACGGAACCAGCGGCGGAGGCCAGAGCAAUGGUGACAACAACGACCUCCCCGCGGAGAUCGCCCGCAUCGUCGACACGGUCAACGGCGUACCCGUCUACGCCAAUGGCCAGACUGGUGGUGGUGGCUCUGUCAACGGAGCCGUUUUUUAG